AUGGGGUGCAUUAACACUAAGAAUCUGAACAAGAAAAUUGUUUAUCCUUCUGAGGUUUUACAAAAGAAAGUUAAAAGUGAAAAUAACGUUGAGGUGAAGGAUGAUAUGGAUGAAGGCUGGGCUUUAGAGAAGAAGGGUGGCAAUAUUGCUGAAUUAUCUGAUGGAAAAGAAAUUGAUCAAGUUAAUAUGAUCAAAGAAAAGGGUUUGGAAGAUCUAGUUAGAAGAUAUGAGUGUGAUUCUACAGCAUCAGAGUUUGACAUGUUGAUGAAGUUCUUGGAUAAAAAUGGAGAUGGGCAAUACACCAUAAAAUACAAUCCUGUUAAAGGGGAGGGUGGUUCCAUUGGAGAGAUGCAGAAGAAGAAGGUUGACCAAGAUUAUAGUCGUUCUAAUGAACCAAAUCCUCCAUUAGGUCAAGAACAUCAAUUUGAAACUCCUCAACCGUCAAAAUCAAGCACAAUGACCUUUAUGAGGAAGAAAAAGAGAGGAAAUGACUUAACCCCGAUUGAUUACACGCCCACCCCUCGCGGUGAUAAGCAUUUAGGGAUUAAUAAUAGAGGUAUCCACAAUAAUGAGAAGAAGAUGAAGAAUAAGUUAGAAAUUAAGUUGAGGGAACAACCUGUGGAUGAAUAUGAAGUUGAGCUAGAAGGAGUGGAACAUAAUGAUCAAGAAGAGUUUGGAGUCGAAACUAACCGUGAAGGCAACGAAAAUGAAAUUGUGGAGGAAGAAACUAAUAAUGAUGAAGACGAAGAAUAA